UCCCCAAGUCCUUUUUCUUCUGACAGCUCUGUCACGUUUCCAUCAGCAUGGGGGAAUGGACCAUUUUGGAGAGGCUGCUGGAGGCAGCUGUCCAGCAGCACUCUACCAUGAUUGGAAGGUGGCCAGAAAAAGGAGACCAAAGGGAUGUCCGUGUUGCUCUGUUUCUGCUGGAUAUGAUCCUGCUGACUGUGGUGGUGAUUUUCCGUAUCCUGAUAGUAGGCAUAGUGGGGGAGAAGGUGUAUGAGGAUGAGCAAAUCAUGUUCAUCUGUAACACCAUGCAGCCCGGCUGCAACCAGGCUUGUUACGACAAGGCCUUCCCCAUCUCACACAUCCGCUACUGGGUCUUUCAGAUCAUCUUGGUGUGCACGCCAAGCCUGUGCUUCAUCACAUAUUCUGUUCACCAGUCUGCUAAAGCACGAGACCGAAGCUACUCUCUCCUGCAUCCUUACAUGGAUCACCACGGUCACGGUCACCAUGGCCGCCAUCAUGACCACCAUGCUCGCAAGCUCCAUUCUCGCAACAUCAAUGGCAUCCUGGUGCAUCCUGACAGCAGCAAGGAGGAUCAUGACUGCCUGGAGGUCAAGGAGAUCCCUAAUGGACCCCGAGGACUCCCUCAAACACACAAGAGUGCUAAAGUGCGACGGCAGGAAGGCAUCUCACGUUUCUACGUCAUCCAGGUGGUGUUCCGCAAUGCGCUGGAGAUCGGCUUUUUGGCCGGCCAGUACUUCCUGUAUGGCUUCAAUGUACCAGGGAUGUUUGAGUGUGAUCGCUACCCGUGUGUGAAGGAGGUGGAGUGUUACGUGUCUCGUCCCACAGAAAAGACCGUGUUUCUGGUCUUUAUGUUUGCAGUAAGCGGCAUUUGUGUGCUGCUUAACCUGGCUGAGCUCAACCACCUUGGAUGGAGGAAGAUAAAGACCGCCAUCCGAGGGGUGCAGGCCCGAAGGAAGUCCAUCUGUGAAGUGCGCAAGAAGGAUGUUUCACACCUGUCCCAGGCCCCCAACCUGGGCAGGACCCAGUCUAGUGAAUCAGCCUACGUCUGACAGAGGCUUCUCUGCCUGGGGGCUCAAGGACCUCUCAAAUUUUGGAGAAGAGCUUUUCCAUGGCCCAGAACCCCCGAUCAUUAGGGCACAAGACUCACCACUGCAUUAUUAUUCAGGAGCAUAGACAGACUGUGUGUGAAGCAUCAAUUCACAAAGUAGAGACUUUGACACUUAAAGAGAGAAGAAUCACCUUCCUGAACAGGCAACUGUGUUGCUGUAACAAAGCUUACACCUAAAGCUUACACACUGGACAGUUGUGCUCUGCCUAGGUGACACUAGGUGCCUUCAACGAACCCAACAGAUAAAACUGAGCAAUUACUAAUAAUUAAAUUAAAAUACUAUAAAGAUAGUCUGAGAUAGAAUUAUCGGAAUUUUUUCAUUAUUUGCCUUUGCUGUAGGUCAGAAAUAAUCCCCUCGGUUUCCAGCUGUGCGCAUAUGCAAGAGCUUAAGCGUGUGCAUGCAUGCGCAUGUGUGUGUGGGAAAAAAAAGCCAAUCUCUGACUUUGAGACAGAAAAUUGAAUGCUAAACUAAUCUGAACUACUGAGAGAAAGAUAGUGUUAUUUCUCAUUGUCCAUAGUCUGAGUGAAGCCACUUGCCUGACAAACAAGCACCUUUUUAAACAUGUUCUAAGAAACACUGAGCAUAAACUGGAACACAGUAUUUGUAUUUCAGUGUACCAGGCUUUUUCUUAAAAAAUGUCACUAUUCUUCAUAUUGUUUGUUGCAUUAGGUGCCAGUCAGACCACAGACUGACCUCGCUCUGGAGCUUUGCCCAAAGUGAGAAAUGGUGCAUUAAAGACGAGUUACAGUUUCUUUUCAACACUGUGUUAUGCACUGCGGGGCUCCUAAUGCCUGCGAGGUAUGCUGUUUACUCUCAGAACCCACUGAAAUGUGUGCCAGGGUUUCCACUUUAGCUUGUAAAGUGUGACCACUGUCUUAGGGCAGGAAUGGAGUUACAUUAAGAUUUUUUCAAUUAAACAGGAAAAGUAUUGUAGUCACAAAUAUUUUAACGUGUAACCUCAAGCUUUUUUUCACAAGCAGAUUUGGUGCCAUAUUUCAAAGUUACUGUACAUAGAUGAAAUGUAAUACUUACACUUAGCCUUUUCCCUGUGCGGUGUAGAUGGGCUUCACGUGGAUGGGGAACAGGGGUUUGGGUGGUAAUGAAGAUUUAUCAUAGAUUGCCAGCUUUAACAAUAUGUAUAAUUAAUGUGCUCUUUGUUAUGCCUUCACCCUCUAAUGGAGAGUAUAUGUUCCGAAAAGUGUUUUCCCCUUAUGGACUUUGAAAAAGGCAUGUUACUGAAGCAUUAAUAGAAUGGAUAGAUUAUGACAUGUACUUAAAAAGAGACUGUUUUAUUUAUUUGCAUCCUGCUCCUGUGAAAUGUAAUACUCAGCAUGCAUGAAGAUGAAAAAUAUAAAGAGAUAUCAUAGAUUCCCAUUGUGGGAAUAUUGAAAGUGAAUAACUGAAAGGCUCCAGAGCUGCAGCAAUAAUAAUAUAUAGUAU